AUGUCAGAAACGUUCAUACAAUCGUUCACACAUCUCAAAGACAGACAAAAUGCAGAUCGUGCGCUGCACAUGCUCAAAAAGGUAGCAUCGCUCGUAAAACCUAUCAUGCGCAAGCAUGGAUGGGUCUUGCCUGUUCUUGCAGAAUUCUUCCCCGAUAGCCCUAAUCUACUUGUAUGUUCUCGUCAGAUGCAGGUCAAGGUUGGAACUCUAACGCCUUGGCCAGACGUGAAUAUGGGACAACAGAUCCUCAUUCGACUCCGUCCCGCCCACGCCCCAGAUACAUUCUACGAUCAAGAAGACAUUGUACAAACUAUGCUGCAUGAGCUCACGCACAACGUACACGGCCCACACGACGACAAAUUCUACAAAUUCCUCUCAGGGCUCCAAGAUGAAUACGACGCCUUACAGAGGUCGGGAUACGCCGGGGAGGGGUUCUUCUCCAAAGGCCAGCGAUUGGGUGCCAACGUCUCUCACGAUCUUCCACCUCAUCUGGCAAGGGCCAAGGCCCUCGAAGCGGCGGAGAAGAGGCGGAGGACAUCUAGGGUGUUGGGUAGUGGCGGCCGUCUGGGUGGAACAAUUGAUACGAAAGGGAAGACGCCCAGGCAGCUGGCUGCGGAAGCAGCUGAAAGAAGGGCACGCGACGAAAAGUCGUGUGGCUCUCAAGCUGGCUCUGCGCUCGCUCAGCGCGAGGCCGAGAAGGCAGCCAGAGAAGGUAUCGAGAAUAAGGUUAUUGACUUGACUUUGGACGAUGAUUCGGAUUCGGAUGUUAUCAUCGUGGAAGACGUCCCAAGGCCUGUCGCGGGCCCAUCUUCAUCCUCAGCAGCUAAGCGCCCAGAUGGUGCUGUGCCGAAUUUUGUUGGCCAGGGAUCCUCUUUGAAAUUGAAGCCUGCCUCCGAUCGAAAAGAUUCUGUGAACGACCAAAGACCAAGAGCAAGAUCGCCCCCAGCAAGGUCAAACUCCGAGUGGGCCUGUCAGAUGUGCACAUUGCUGAACAAGCCAUUUGCACUUCAAUGUGAUGCCUGUAUGACAAAACGGCCGCAGGACGUCAGUGAAGGGUGGACAUGCCUCACUUGUGGGGAAGCCGGGAUGGAACACCAGUUCUGGUCGUGCCGAUUUUGUGGCAUAAUCAAAGCGGAGAGCUGA